GAACAGGUGAUCAAGCAAGAUGUUCAAACUAGCCUUUGUUUUGGCCACAUUGGCAGUAAGCUGCUCAGCAACUGCAUCAAACACUUAUUUAUUAUACACAUUGGAAAAUCAGCAUGACCCUGAGGUUAUGGACCCCAGUGCACCACUUUCAAGAUACUCUAAUUUCAAAAUAACGGACAACACUGUCAUUCUAGUUCAUGGCCACCAUGGAAGCGCUAACAAUGACUUCAAUAAUCUUAUUAAGAAUGCAAUCCUAGAGCAUCAAAAACCACACAACGUUAUCGUAGUUGACUGGAGCAGAGAGGCCAAUCAAGGAUAUUCUUCUGCAAGGCAGGCUGUACCACUAGUAGCUGAACAUUUGGCAAAUUUCAUCACUUGGUUGGAAUAUGAAGCCAGAUUGAUCAGAAGCACAUUACAUUUGGUCGGUUUCGACCUUGGAGCUCACAUUGUAGGCCAGGCUGGUCGACGACUGGAUCAAGGAUUUGGCAGAAUUGGCAGAAUCACUGGUUUGGACCCAUCUGCGAGUCGAUGGGGCACCAAUUCCGGAAGAUUAGCAGACACUGAUGCCAUGUAUGUUGAAGUUAUUCAUACAGAUAUCACAGGACCUACUGCUAAUGGUAUCGGUACUCCUAUUGGUGAUAUCAACUUCUUCGUCAACGGUGGUAGCAACCAACCUGGCUGCUUCACCCAUAUCUGCAGCCACAACCGUGCCUUUGAAGUGUUUGCGGCAUCUAUGGUCAACAGUGGACUUGUCGGAUACCCAUGUAGCUCCGACUUGCAAAAUACCCUAAACAGAUGCAACGGAGACCCAUUGCACAUGGGUGGCUUACUUCUUUCUAAGACUGGAUCUAAAAAAUACCGCGUGAACACUAGCAGAAGAUGGCCCUUUUGAGAAUCUACAACAUUGAUACUGAAUUAUAUUUAUUUAAAUAUGACCUGAUUAUACUAUUCAAU